AUGGAUUAUUCAAAAGCGUUCUCGAUCGGAGAUCUUAAAACACCAUCAACAUCUGCGUAUACUAUUGAUGAAUCUAAGAUUCUUGAAUCUCAUUGCUUCACACCAGAACGCCCAACCCAUCAUCCACACCAUGGUGGAAAAGUUAUUACCGAUGCAGAUUGGCCAGAUCUAAAAUCAAUUAUUCGUCGUCUGUACGUCAUUGAUAAUUUCACAUUUCUCAAAGUCAAGGAGGUGCUCAACUUGGAGUUCGGAUACAAUAUCACAAAACGACAAUUCACUCGAAAAGUCGAAAGCUGGGGCUUUAAAAAGAAUUUUAGGAGAAAUGAAAGAGAUGAGAUUGUGAAGAGCGGAAGAAUUCCUCAAAGGUUUAUACACGACUCACGAAUUAACCAAAAAAGGGUUGAGCGCUUGCAGAAAAGAAACGCCGCACGCAUCGGUCUUGGAGUCGAAUGCGAAGAUAAUGAGGAAUCUCUCGUACUGGACCAGGACUUUUCUCCAAAAAUGAACGCAAUCAAAGAAGCUGCAUUGGAUCUUGAGCUUUGCUAUACCAAUAUCGGGCACCAAAACGCGGCACUGGACGACCGCGAUAUGAUUAUUGAAGAGAUUCCUAGAUCAAAGCUUCGUCAUGACAUAGUCGCACCCAACACCGAGGAACAAUGGCCUUUCAGUCAGUUUGCCGAAAGCGAUUCCAGACUUUCAUGGUUGGCUGAAUUGUUUGUGCAACUUGAGAUUGCAGAAACCAUUGCAUCCACAAGUCUUGAGACUGAGAAGCAGUGGGAUGUCGAAGAAGCACGAUUUAUAUCCGGAACAGCGCUGAAGGAGCUCCUCGAUCCAUAUGACAACAAUUUGAUAUGUGGCGGGUCCUCCCAGGCUCAAAGGUACAACCACUACCCACAUCACCUUUCCGCUAGGAGUAGCUCGCUACAAACCCACAAUUUAGGAAUGCAUCAACAUCAUCGGAGUCCUCUAUUUGAGAUUGACUUCUCCCCGUCAUCUAGAAACUCCAACAAUCGUACACAGAAUAAUUUGAUCCAUCCAUUUUCAUCGUUCGAAAGGAUGUCAAUAGAUAUGGAGGCAAAAUUGUCGAAAUUGGAAAGAGUCCUACCAGCAAAUUCUCCAGCGAUCGUUUUGACCUUGGAGUCUUUGGCAUUUGUCUACCACGAACUCAACAAGAGCGGAGAGGUCGCGAUCACAUGUGGAAAGCUCUUGCAUGCAAGGCAAAAGGAAAGAUCCCCCAGUAAGCAUAAAAUUGUACAAUCACAUCUUUGGAUUGUCGAUUCCUGCAUUGCUUCGGGGCAUUUGAAGACUGGGAUGAAUCUGCAUAACAUUUUACACCCGAGGAUAGAAAAUUCUGUGGAUUUCCAUCAUCCAUUACGUAUUCAUUCAUCUUAUUUGAUGACCAAAUUCCUCUAUCAACUUUACCGGAAUCGCGAAGCUGAAGAUAUAAUCCACCCUGUGAUGCAGGUAGCUCUGGUCACAUUGGGGCAUAACCACUUAUUAACUAUUAAACUAAUGAAUCUAUUGUCUUUGAUCUUGCGAAGAAAGCUUUGUCUGCUGGAGGCCGAUAGGCUCGCUAGGUAUAGUCUCCAAGUGUCCAGUCAAUUAGACUUGGGCGCCACUUUGUUCGAAAGCGCAAGAGCACUCAUGUCUGUGUUUGAAGCCCAGGAUCUUUACAAAGAGAGCAUCGAUCUCUCUCACUACAUAUCUAAGUUUUUGAUCAAAGUAUUUGGUUGUAGUGAGCAUGCACACUUUGUUCGUCACAUGGCAAUGGUCACAACCCUCUUGAAACAAAAUGAAGCAUCAAAGGCAGUUGUUCGCUUCAAAGAAUCUGUCAAGUUGGCAGUUGAACUACAUGGAUGGGACAGUCCAAUUUUGUAUGAGAGUUUCAAGAAAAUUAAGGAAUCAUCGAUCAAGAGAUGGAUCUGGGAUAUUGAAGAUAGUGCUUACGAGAUUAGAGGACAGACCAAGGAGGUUGACGAGAUUAGUCAUGGAGACGAUAAACAUGAGGCAGAGGGCGGCAAUGAGGCUCAAUAUGAGGGUCGUGAACUGAGUCUGGAUGAUAUAUUCAAUGCAGAACGGGAUACCUCUAAGGACAUAGGUCUCGAGGGGCUGGAACUUGAUGAGGAUUUCUUAUUGAAAUUUAAAAAAAGAUCAGAGGGCUUGAAUGGGCUUCCACUCUGA